UCCUUCCCAAGUCCGCCUUCCAACAGCAAUGUCCAGCAUGCCCGACAAACGCAAACCGUCUAUUUCAGCAUCGGGUGCUUCGCCUUAUGCAAAACGAUCUCGCGCCUCGUACGCCGACGAGGAAGAUGAAGAGGAGACGUCGCGGACGGUAACGCCUUAUGAGCGCCCUCGCAACCAUCCCGUCUAUGGACAGAAAAGCGCCUUUCCCGGCCUCGACACCGCCGGCGACGACGAGCUGUUCUACGGACCGGCGGAAGAUGGAUUGGAAUAUCUGCGAAUGGUCCGAUCCGAAGCCAAUUCCCUCCCUUUUCUUUUCAAUGCGCCACCAGCCACGACCUCGAUCGCAACAGAGACUACGAACCCCGAUGCCAGCACAGACACGACGAACCAAACAGAGCAGCCACAUCCUCAAGCUACCGCUACUACUACAACUACCACUACAACAACAACCACAACCUCUCCCCCCGCUCUCCGCAAGGGAAUCUACCAAGACGGCGUCUAUUUCGUUCCCACCACCAACGACAGCAACCCCCCCGCCGGCCCUUCAACGACCACACCAUCAUCCCACCACCGCCCCCAACCCUCCGACCUGGAAAUCCUCCCCGCCCAAUCGACAUAUUACACCCUCCUGCAUCACCGCUUCCUCCUCCUCCGCUCCAUCCUGAAAUGCACCCCGCCGCCCGACGCCAUCGCCGCGCUGGACCACGACCACCCGAUCUCGCUCCCGCGGCACUCCCGGAAUGCGCGCCGCGAGUGGCGCCGGUUGCUGCUGGCGGUGGACCCGCAGACGGUGCAGCUGGCGUGCAUGGACAUGGAGAGCGUGCUCGGCGUGCUGGGGAUCAUGGCGCGUGUGAUGUCGGAGAAUGUGCGCAGCGGGGACGAGGAAAAGGUCCGGCGGAUCGCGGCGUGGGCGUGGGGCCUGCUGGCGCGGUGUCGGGAGGUGGGCCAGUUGGGGACGGAGGAGGUGGGCGAGAUUCGGGAUUUGGGGAAGAGGGCGGUUAGGGUUUUGGGGAGGAUGAGGGAGGUGGAGGUGGAGGAUGGGAGGAAGGGGGGUGAUGAGGAUGAGGAGGAGGAUGGGGAGGGGGAAGGAGAGGGAGAGGGAGAGGGAGAGGGAGAGGGAGAGGGUUUUGGUACAGGGAAUGGGGUCGAGGGUGAUCUGGAGAUGCGGGAUGCAGAUGCAGACGCAGAUGAUAAUGCGGAUGCGAUUGCUGACGCUGACGCAAGUGCGCCGCAAGCUGACCUUGAUGAGUUAGAAGCUGCCAAGGCACGGUUACAGGCGAGUCUUGGAGGCGAUGGCGCCGCUGAUGAUGAGGUACCGAACGACGAUGCAGACGGCAACAGCGCUGCGUCGGAGGUGGCACUGCAGAUUCGCGCGAUGUUGGAUAUGGUCAUCACGUUUGCCACCAUGGCUCCGCCUGUAGAAAUAGCCAUCCCAACGACCAGCGUCUCCACCACCUCGCCCCCCUUCACAAUCUACAACAUCGCCCUCCGCCUCCCCCUCCGCUCCUUCACCAUCUCCAAACGCUACUCCGACUUCACAACCUUCCACACCACUCUCCUCAACCAAACCAACACCGCACCCCCAGCCCCUCUGCCACCGAAAUCCUGGCUCUCCUCGACCGUCAAGAACGCGACCCUCCGCGAAUCCCGCCGCCAAGCCCUCGAAACCUACCUCCGGGCCAUCAACGAAGCGGACGACCCGCGAUGGCGCAAUUCGCCCGCCUGGCGCGCAUUCCUCAACCUUCCGAGCCUCGGCCCUAACAACUCCCUAAACGAUCAUCACAGUAGCAGCACGACGAGCGCGCGGCUCCACGCCGCCAUCACGGACCCGGGCAGCAUCACGUCACUCAACGGGGACGCUCCAAACAACACCAUCACAGACCCCACCUUAUGGCUCGACUGCUACCGGGACAUGAAGGGCCAUCUGCACGACGCGCGGCUGCACCUGACACGGCGCGACCAGGAGACCACGCCGCAGCGGCAGCACGAGAGCUCGGCGCGGGCGAAGAGCAGUCUUGUGCGCGCGGGGUCGCUGAUCGGGGCGCUGGAGGCGGGCCUUAAGAACCUUUCCACCACCAACGGCCAAUCCUCCGGUGAAGGUCUCCCCCGCCUCGGCGACGGCGAACUCCGCCGCCGCCGCGACCUGCUCAUCAACGCGCGCAAGGAAAAAGACGGGCUGGAGGAUCUGCUGAAUGCGAUGGCCGCCAAGAGCCGUAUCGACUCCGCCGUGGCGUCCAUCCAGGACAAGGAGGCGCUGAUGAAUCUCCCGGUAAAGGGCAAGAAGGCGGUGCGGGCGGCUGGGCGCGUGCUCGGGCGCGAGACGGAGCGCACGCGCGAGCUGGAUAAUACCGGAGUUCUGCAACUCCAAAAGCAGAUGAUGCAGGAUCAGGAUGGCGCCGUCGAGGAGUUGAUGCGCAUCGUGCAGCGGCAGAAGGAGCUGGGCGUCGCGAUCAAUAAUGAGUUGGUCGUGCAGAAUGAGUUGCUCAAGUUGACGGAUGAGGAUGCUACGAGGUUGGGCGAUAAGAUUGAUAUUGGGAAGAAGAGGAUUGGGAGGAUCUCUUGAGUUGAGUCGAGUGGGUUUGAUAAAGCUUUGGCCAGGGAAUGGGUCUUUUUCGUUAGGACCUGGAUCUGGGCUUUUGCAUGGUGGAUACCUUUGCAUAUGCAUGGCUUUUAUCUCUCUUGUCUGUUUUAGCGGAUCCUGUUUUUGGUUGUUGUUGUUGUCGUUGUCUUGAUAGCGAUAACUCUUAUUUCUUCUACUUGUAGUUACUGUACCAAUGUAGUAAGCACCCAGCGCGCAUGACAU